UUUAAAUUGUUUAUUUCUCGGAAUUUUAUAUGAAACAUUAAAUUAAACCCCAAUAAACCUGAAUACUCAAAAUAGUAAACAAAAAACAGGAAUGUCUGUCGAUUCUCUGGAUCGUUGGCCGAAUAAAAGAGCAUGGUUUUGGCCCACAGAUUCACAGUUGCACAAAGCAAAUAACCAAGAUCAAGCGAAAUAAUCUAUCUCUAAAGUCACCCAAAUAAAGUAUCUACAAGAUGCGUCUGAUCCUGUUUGCCGUCGUUGGCCUACUGUGCUUGACCUAUGCCUUGGCCCUGAAGGAUAAUGAAGCCAAUCUGAAGGAUCUGCUGGACGUGGCACAUCAUGGAGGAGCCCAUGCCGAAAGCGGAGUGCGGCAGGCUCGCGGUGGCAACUACGGAGGUUAUGGAGGCGGAGGACAUGGAGGUGGAGGUCAUUACGGAGGUGGAGGACGUGGAGGUGGAGGACAUUACGGAGGAGGACAUGGAGGCGGUCAUGGUGGUCACGGCGGCCAUGGUGGUGGUCGUGGUGGUCAUUAUUGACACUAUGCUCACUAGACUGUAGAUAUCACUUAA